AUGGAGUCUCAGGAGAAGCAGAGCAGAACUCAGUAUUGGGCCAAACGGUUGGAGUGCCCUGUCGACGAAGAUGCUGGAUAUCACAACACUUUCUGGUGCAACAGAGACCUCAUCCCGAUCCCUCCAUCCCGCCAAACGUGGACAUGGCAAGGCUACGCCGGCUACUGGGUAAUCGCAGGCAUAAACACCACAGCCUGGACCUCCGGCUCCUCACUCCUCUCCCUCGGCCUCUCCGUCCCACAAGCCAUGGGCGUGAUGGUCGGCGUAUCCCUCAUCAGCGCCCUCAUCGCCGUCCUCGCAGGCUGGCCGGGCUCCCACCAACACCUCGGCUUCACCGUCCUCUGUCGCGCCUCGUGGGGCAUGCGCGGAGGCUUCUGGCCCGUCAUUAACCGCAUCAUGACGGCGAUCAUCUGGUUGGGCAUCCAGAUGUACUGGGGUGGACAGGCUAUCAAGAUUAUCCUUGGGGCGGUGAUUGGGCCGAAGUUUGUGUUUUGGAGGAAUACGUUGCCGGCGGGGGCGAAUGUGGAUACGGCGAGUUUGGUGAGCUUUUUUGUGUUUCUGGUGGUUUUCUUGCCGUGUUUGAUGGUGCCGCCGGAGAGGUUGCAGAUGCCGUUUAGAGUGACCUUCGUCAUGAUCACCCUGACCAUGUUCGGAAUCCUAGGCUGGGCAAUAGGUACAAACGGCGGUCCAGGUCCUCUCCUCCAUACCCCAGCAACAGCGAAAGGAAGUGCUCUCUCCUGGCCCGCACUCUUCGGCCUCCAAUCCAUCGUGGGCUCCCAAGCCUCAGGCUGCCUAGGGCAAUCCGAUUGGACCAGAUAUGCAAAGACCCCAAACGCCGCUCUCUUCGGCCAGCUCGUAGCAGCGCCCAUCAUGAUCUGCGUGACGGCCGUCUGCGGUCUCCUGAUCACAUCGGCCACCGCGGAAAUCUAUGGCGUCUACCUCUGGAACCCCUUCGAACUGCUUCUACACGUCCAGCAGACCUCUCUAACGGCAGACUGUCGAGCUGGGACGUUCUUCGCGGGACUCGGCUUCCUCUGCAGCCAGCUCGCCCUCUGCAUCGUCCUCAACUGCGUCAGCGCAGGCAUGGAUCUCGCGGCGCUCUGUCCGAAAUGGAUCAACAUCCGCCGAGGAGGCUACUUCAUCUCCAUCAUCGCCAUUGCCAUCUGUCCAUGGCAGUAUGUGUCAAAGCCUUCGACCUUCAUCACCGUGCUGAGUGGCUGGUCAGUCUUCCUCUCCCCAAUGACAGGGAUCGUGGUCAGCGACUACUUCCUCGUGCGAAGACGGAAUUACCACCUUGGAGAUCUGUACACUGGCAAUCGCUCAUCUGCAUACUACUACUGGCAUGGCUUCAACUGGCGUGGCUUCACCGCUUGGAUCAUGGGCAUCUGGCCGACGCUCCCGGGCUUCGCGAGGUCGAUUCAAGAAGUCAGCAACAACAACGGCUGGGAUCACAUAUACCAGAUCACUUACUUCUACGGCUUCUUCUCGGCGUUGCUGAUCUACUGGGCACUGCACACAUUCUUCCCCGUACCGAAACAAACCGGCAGCUCGCCGUUUGAAUUGGCGGAGCACGUACAGAUGUUGUACAGCGCUGAGGGUGACUCUCAGAGGGAGGUGGAAACAAUUGAGGCAGAGAGACUGAAGGUUGAUGUUUAA